AUGGCAUUAAUAUUUAUUCAAGGUAUUUGUGGAAUGAGUUAUGGUCUAUUAAUAUCUGCCAUGUGUGAACAAGAAGUUGAAGUAAUGGAAGUGGCAUUAGGAAGUGUAUUUCCAAUCUUGCUCAGCUCAGGUGUUAUAUGGCCAGCGGAAGGAAUGCCACCUAUAAUGCGUUUUCUCAGUAAUUUUACGCCAUUGACACAUGUGGUUGAAGCAAUGCGCUGUAUCGUUUCCCGAGCAUGGACACUAGUUUAUUUUAAAGUAUGGUUUGGAUUUGUUAUUUCUGGCGCAUGGACAUGUGGCUUCUUUGCUUUAGCUGCUAUACUCUUUGCUCUUCGGAAAUAA